AUGGCUUACAGACCAACACCAUUCAGUUGGUCAAAAUCGUUUGGUCUGAGGUGGCAAUAUAAUACAUCAACAAUGUAUCAACAACAACAGCAUAAUAAUAAACAAGCAAGAAAUAUUCUACAACCUUUGUCCAAUGCUAGUAAAAUGGCUCAAAUGUCACAACUGAUGAAGCAACAACAACAGCCGGUCAACCAGAGAAGAUAUUUUAGCUAUUAUUAUUAUCGAUUUCCUAAAAUUCCUAGACCCAAGAGAAGUGUUUUCUACUAUAGUACUUGGUCAAGGACUGGAGGUAGUGGUGGCUACAAUAGCACCAUAAGUGGUACUAGAUCAUACUACAAAUUCACAAAAUUUCCAUUUCCAAGAAUUUCCAAAAGACUGUUUUCAUCAGCUAAUCAAAAGAUUAAAAACAAGACUCAAAAAAUCCGUAAACGAUUUUUUUCAAGUGAAGCUAGAUCAAGAAGACAACAAAGGAGAAAAUUUAUGAAAUGGUGGACUAUAACUUCAUUAUCUAUUGUCUUGGGUGGAGUUGCCGCCAAGAUCAAAUAUGAUCGUGGUGAAGAACAUGAGAAUCCAUACAAGAUUAGACCUCAUUCUUGGCAAUUGUAUGCAUAUUCUACUCUUCCAUUGAAGACGAUUUCAAGAUUAUGGGGGUAUGUAAAUUCAAUUGAUUUACCUGUAUUUCUUAGAUCUCCACUGUAUCGUUUAUAUUCAGCAAUAUUUGGAGUUAAUUUGGAUGAAAUGGAAAAUCCAGAUUUAAAAAGUUACAAGAACUUAUCAGAGUUCUUUUAUCGUACAUUGAAACCGGGAGUACGGCCAAUUUCCGAAGAUGAUCUUGUUAGUCCUGCUGAUGGGAAAGUAUUGAAAUUUGGUGUUAUUGACCAAGGGGAAAUUGAACAAGUUAAAGGAAUGACUUAUUCAAUUGAUGCGUUAUUGGGGAUGUCAUCAACUAGGAAAUUAGCUGCCCCUACUCAUUCAACCCAAUUUGAAGAUUUGGAUGGUGAUGAUGAUGAUACAAAGAUUAAAAGACAUGAAGAGUUUGCUAAAUUGAAUGGUAUAUCAUAUACAGUGGAUGAUAUACUUGGAGGUGAGAAUGAAAAUACUCAUCACAUGAAUAAGCUCAACUAUACUGAUGUUAAAGAAGGUACAGCAAAGGGUGAUAAAGCGUCUUUUUCAAAGGAAUUGGCAGUAGCAGAAGAAUUGGCUCCUAAUCCGAUGGAAAGAUUCCGUCAUAAACAAUUGUAUUUUGCUGUUAUUUACCUAGCACCAGGUGACUAUCAUCAUUUCCAUUCACCAACUAGUUGGGUAGCUACUUUAAGACGUCAUUUUAUUGGUGAAUUGUUUUCGGUGGCUCCGUUUUUUCAAAAGACACUACAAGGCUUAUUUGUACUUAAUGAAAGAGUAGCGUUGUUGGGAUAUUGGAAAUAUGGGUUUUUUUCAAUGGUGCCCGUAGGAGCAACAAAUGUGGGUUCAAUUGUUGUCAAUUUCGACAAAGAUUUGAAGACAAAUCUGUAUUAUGAAGCCGAAGUGUAUGGAAAUGAGUCAUCAUUGAGUUCAUCCUCGUCCCCAUCACCAUCCUCAUCGACAUCUUCUUCUUCAGCGGGUUCAGAUCUGGAAAACACACCUUUGCUACAAAGAGAGUACUCUGCAUCAACCAUUUUCCAAGAAAUUGAAGAUCGUAAACGCAAAAAAUUGAAAAAGAAUACUGUGUAUGAAGCUACUUAUACCAAUGCUAGUAGAAUCUUGGGUGGAUAUCCAUUAUCCAAAGGUCAAGAUAUGGGUGGAUUUAAGUUAGGUUCAACUGUGGUCUUAGUAUUUGAAGCUCCUGAUAAUUUUAAAUUUGACAUUGAUGUCGGUGAUAAAGUUAAAGUGGGUCAAUCAUUGGGUAAAUUUGUGUAG